AGUCCACUGGGCAUCAGAAGCUCUCUCACUCGCUGGUCGCCCACACUGGCCCCCUCCUCACUCUGAUAUUUCGUUUUCGUCCCCCCCCCUUCCCGUCCGUCGCCGAGGUCCUCCGCGGCUCCGCCAGCCACAUCAGACUCGUCCCUCCAGGAACCGCAAGGUGAACCAUGAGCGCCGUGGCGGUCUCGUCGUCGUCGUCGCUGAACCCGGACGCGCCGCUCUUCAUCCCGGCGGCGCUGCUGCAGGUGGAGGACUUCUCGCCGCAGUGGUGGGACCUCAUCACCACCACCGCCUGGUUCCGCGACCACUGGUCCCGCGAGCACGCCCACCUGGACGAGAUGGCCGAGCAGCUCGACGCGGCUGGCCUGCUGCCCGACGAAGAGGACCUCUUCUACGACGACCAGCUCGAGCAGGCCCCCGCCGCCGUCGACCCAGCGCCCGCCGCCGCCGUCCUCAAGACAGAUGAGGUGCUCAAGGCGCUGAACCUGACCUCCCCGAAGGGCGGCGACGCCCCGCGUGGGUUCCGGGAGAAGCCCAGGCACUCCGAGAAGCCGACCAAGUACGCCGGCAGCCCCAAGAGCAGCGCCCCCCGCGUGAUCCACCAGCCUCGCUAGGUUCGCAUCGCAUGGGGAACUCAGCAAGGCUGCUGCCCCUCUUCCAGCCUCUGCUCCCUGGCUGCUGCCGUUGCGGUCUGCUCUGCUCUUUCAACAAAGUUUCAAGUCAAGUACUGGUGGUGGGUUCGAGUAGUGAUGAGUAGUAGUACAACUUUAGAAGUUCCUUCUGUGUAUAGCAAGCAAGUAAAAAAAAUGACAAAAAAUAUAACAAAACGCAGCUGGUCUGGUAGUUCACUGCUGCUGCUCUCUAAGUUGUGUUCAGUCCUCUGGUGUGUCUAGGUCUACUAGGGAAACCCCGCAAAAAUGGAAGAGGGUGAAGGUGGAGUCCCAGUGUUAGGAUCAAGGAUGCACCUUUUGUAAGUAAAAUGUGUGAUGUUGUGCAAUGGCAGGCAGUCUAAUGUUACGAGUUACAACUAGCUCUUCUACUGUUCUUUUUCC